CCGGGUAUCUCGUCAAGUCAUUUGAGAUGGCAGAAGACGGGAAGUUUCGAAUUGAGAAGUUCGAUGGUACAGAUUUCAGUUGGUGGAGAUCGCAAAUUGAAGAUUUGCUGGUUCAGAAAGAUUUGGAUGUGGUUUUGGGUGACAAGCCCGAAAAAAUGUCGGAUGCAGAUUGGGCGGGUUUGGAUCGGAAAACAAUGUCUGUGAUCCGUCGCUCAUUGACUAAGAAUGUUGCGUUCAACAUUCUGAAGGAGAAGACAACGAAGGGAAUUAUGGACGCACUGUCUUACAUGUACGAGAAGCCAUCUGCAGCGAAUAAAGUUUUUCUGAUCACAGAGCUGGUGAACAUAAGAAUGAAAGAAGGCACUUCUGUUACCGAGCAUAUCAAUAAGCUUAAUUCGAUCUUAACCAGACUUGCGUUAGUGGGAAUUAAGUUCGAUGAUGAAGUUCAAGCUUUGCUACUACUAUCGUCUUUGCCUGAUAGCUGGUCCGGAACGGUUACAUCGGUUACCGGUUCAGUGGGACCUGAUGGAUUCACCUUUGAUCAUAUUCGAUAUCUCAUUCUUGGCGAGGAUGUCAGAAGAAAGAGUUCAGGGGAGUCAUCUGGUGAAUUGUUUCAUGUUGAUAGAGGCAGAAGGAAUAGCAGAGGCUUUGUGAGUGACGAGGAGGUCACUCUGACUUGCUGUGAGGAAAGCAAUGUGGAUUCCUGGGUCAUGGAUUCUGGUGCUUCAUUUCAUGCUACCCACAUCAGUGAAGCAUUGCAGAAUCUGGUUAUUGGAGACUUUGGAAAGGUACGACUAGCGGACGACAGAGCUCUUAAGGUGACGGGCAUGGGUGACAUGGUGUUGAAGACCCCAGUCGGUUUCUGGACUUUGAAGGAUGUCAGAGUGGUUCCAGGCUUGAAGAAAAGUUUGAUUUCUGUCAGGCAGUUGGACGAACAGGGACACGAGGUGAAGUUCAUAGACGGGCAGUGGAAGGUCGUGAAGGGAAAUCUUGUCAUGGCCCGCGGAAGGAAGAGUGGGUCGCUGUACAUGAAGAAGUUUGUCUGUGCAAGAGAGAAACCUAGAGCCACUGGUCAGACUCAGGAUGAACAAGCGUGGAAAAGUUCAAGGGGGCUAGUCAGAGGUAUUAGUGGCAGUGGGAGCUCAAGAGGCGCUUUAGCCAAGUUGCCUAGAAGACAGUGGGUCAGGAGAACCAGUAUUCCAGUUGUUGGAACAUCUCCAGAAAAUUUCUUGCUGAGUACGGAGAGUGUUUUUUCUCAGGAUGUUCCAGGAUCCGGUAGUGUGCAUCAGCAGUGGGAGCCGGUAGGGACCGGGGACGAGUCAGGGGCAGAUUUAGCCGUGACUGAUGGAGUUGAUAGUGCAGAAUUUAAUGUGAAAACAUAUGGAGUCAAAGGUGACGGUACUUCAGAUGAUAGCCAGGCAAUUCUUAAAGCAUGGGGAGAAGCAUGCAAAGCAACAACCCCGAGCAAGCUCAUAAUUCCUGCCGGAAAGUACAUGGUGGGUCCAAUGAAAUUAUUGGGUCCAUGCGGCAAUCCUGUAACUUUUGAAGGAGAUGGUGCAACUUUUAUUGCACCAACUGAUCUCUCACUUUUUAAAGGACAAGAUGGAUGGAUUCUUUUCUAUGGCAUUGAAGGUCUCACUAUCACUGGAAUCACUCUCGAAGGCAAGGGUGAAAUUGGUUGGAAGACUAACAAUUGCAAAAAAAGUUUUAGUGGAAAUUGCAAAUUCCUCCCCAUUAACUUGAAUUUGGGAGGAUUAACAAAUGCAGUAGUGAAGGGAGUAACAUCUAUAGAUAGCAAGUUCUUCCACAUGAAUGUGAUCCAGGGAAAGAACGUGACCUUGAGCGACAUAACCAUCACAGCACCAGGAGACAGUGAAAACACAGAUGGCAUCCAUAUUGGUCGUUCCACUGGAGUAUCCAUUCUCGGUGCAACCAUAAAGACUGGGGAUGAUUGUGUGUCUCUUGGGGAUGGAAGUAAGCAGGUUAACAUUGAAAAUGUGAAGUGCGGGCCGGGCCAUGGCAUUAGCAUUGGAAGCUUGGGAAAAUACAAAGACGAACAACCGGUAGAAGGAGUGACUGUGAAGCAUUGCACUCUCACUGGCACAACGAACGGUGUGAGAAUAAAGACAUGGCCGGCAUCUCCAGAGGGUUCCGCCUCCGGCAUGCAUUUUGAAGAUGUCACGAUGGAGAACGUGAGCAACCCGAUAUUGAUCGAUCAAGAAUAUUGCCCAUGGAAUCAAUGCACGGCUGGGGUUCCAUCUAAAGUGAAGAUUAGCGAUGUGAGCUUCAAGAACAUAAAGGGGACUUCUGCUACAAAAGUGGUUGUCAAACUCGCUUGUAGCAAAGGAGUCCCAUGCGAGAAAGUAGAGGUGGGCGAUAUCAAUUUAGAAUAUCACGGAACCAAUGGCAUUGCCAUCUCUGAAUGCAGCAACGUCAAACCUACGCUCUCUGGCAAACAAUCUCCUGCUGUUUGUGAUGGUGCUGGUGGUGGUGCUGCUGCUCCUGCUUAAGUUUUCAAACACUAUAAUCUUCUAGGUUAAAUAUAUAUUAUGAGUGCAUACACUUAUAUAGGAUAAUGCUUAGCGUGGUCUUAAGCUUUUUAGCUCAUGCAUGCACAAGCAUAGAGCCAACCACCAAUUUGUUUAUUAGUUACUCCCUCGGUCCAUGUAUGAUCUUCCCAUUACGUGUUACGAAGCUUGACCGACUUUAUUUUCAAUUCAAUUUAAUUGAUUAUAGGAGUAAAAUUUUAAAAUAAAAUUUAUAUAGUAAUAAACUACAUGAAAAGUU